AUGAAACCGUUUCUGUCCUGUAUCCUCCUGUCAGUCGGACUGGUCACUGGCUACCGCAGUCCUCUGAAUGACUUCCAGCGCUCUGAGGGCCGUGAGCUGGUUCCUACCUCCUGGAACUCAGAACGAGUGCUGCUGUUACCGGGUCUGAACCUGGAGGAGUGUGCUACUCGCUGCUCACAAUCGUUGGACUGCAGAGCAUUCAACUAUGAGACUCGUCCAGCUGUCACCUGUAAACAUCUGCCCUGGGUGGGUGAUGGCAGCAAUGCAGAGGUGAAGAGAAAUGUAAACUGUGACCUUUACGAGAAGAAGGUUUAUGUCAGGAAGUGCAUCGUGGGUAAAGGAGAAGACUACCGAGGGAAGGUUUUCACCACGAAAAGCGGUCUCACCUGCCAACAAUGGUGGUCCAAGUUUCCUCAUGAUCACAGAACUGUCUGUUUGUCUCAUACUAACGGCCUGGAGCUGAAUUACUGCAGAAAUCCAGAUGGGGAUCGCAUCGGUCCGUGGUGCUACACCACCGAUCCUGAGCGACGCUAUGAAAGCUGUAACACCCCCCAGUGCAAAGAUGAGGUAUGUAUCACAUGUAACGGCGAGGACUACAGAGGACAGGUUGACCACACUGUGAAUGGCAAAGAGUGUCAGAGAUGGGACCAGCAGUACCCUCACCAACACAUCUACCAGCCCGAAAAGUAUCCCGAUAAGAGUUUGGAUGAUAACUACUGCCGUAAUCCCGAUGCCUCUCCAGUGCCCUGGUGUUACACCACUGACCCUGAUGUGGAGAGAGAGAACUGUGACAUCAGCAAGUGCACUGAGGUUCAGGUUGAGGAGCGGCAGCGCUCCAGCUUCACCACCAACUGUUUCCGCAGCCGUGGAGAGGAUUACCGUGGUAAAGUCAACGAGACAACAUCAGGUAUCCCCUGCCAGCGGUGGGAUGCCCAGUAUCCUCAUGAGCAUCCCUUCUACCCAAACAUAUAUGAAUGCAAAGGUUUAGAGGAGAACUACUGUCGUAACCCAGAUGGAUCAGAGGCCCCCUGGUGCUUCACAUCUGUGCCAGAGAUGAGGACUGCUCUCUGCUUACAGAUCAAACGCUGUGCAGACGACAUAGAAGCUGAAGAUUGCUAUCAAGAAAAUGGAAAAAACUACAGAGGAAUAGUUCGCAAAACUCGUAAAGGCAUCACCUGUCAGAAGUGGAACGUUAAUACACCUCACCAGACCAAGAUAAACCCAAGGACACAUCCUGAGGCCAAUCUGACAGAGGACUAUUGUCGUAACCCAGAUGGGGACCGGCACGGACCCUGGUGCUACACCACUGACCCCAAAACUGAGUUUGACUACUGUGCCAUCAAACAGUGCGCCGGAGAGAAAGUGUCCCUGACUGAAUCAGUAGAGAAGAUUGAGUUUAGUGAAUGUGGAAAGAGAGAGGACCGCUUGAGCGUACGGAGCUCAAUGUUACGUAUUGUGAAUGGGAUUCCUGGGAACUCACCAUGGACAGUGAGCCUCAGAGACAGAAAAGGAAACCAUUUCUGUGGAGGAUCCCUGGUUAAAGACAGAUGGGUGAUCAGCACCAAGCAGUGCUUCUCUUCCUGCUACGUGGACCUGCCUGGGUACACAGCCAUGAUGGGAACGCUGUUUCGUGAUCCACAAGAAGGGGAGCCUGGUGUGCAAACCAUCCCGCUCACCAAGAUUGUCUGUGGACCCUCCGAGUCUCAACUGGUCAUGCUACAGCUGGAAUACCCUGCCCAGUUUAAUGAGCGUGUCUCUCAGAUCUGCCUGCCUCCUGAGCGCUACAUUGUAGCUGAGGAGACGUCCUGUGAGAUUGCAGGAUGGGGCGAGACAAAAGGGACCGGCAAUGAGAGUGUUCUUAAUGUGGCCCACGUACCAGUUCUUAGUAACAAGGAAUGUAACAAAUACUUCAGAGGUCGAGUUCGUGAGAAUGAGAUGUGCACGAGCUCUUUCCAGGGCGGGGUUGGUGCCUGUGAGAGAGACUACGGCGGCCCUUUGGCGUGUCAGAACAGGGAUUGCUGGGUACUCGAGGGUGUGAUCAUCCCCAUGAGGCGCUGCGGACACCCUGGACAGCCCAAUAUCUUCAUCCGUGUCUCUGUCUACGUAGACUGGAUAAAGAAAGUCAUGGAGAUGGCUUAGAGACAUUCAUGAAGGGGUUGCUCAAACCUGCUUUUAAGCCCCUUUUGAGCGGUUCCUCAGUUGACCAUUUACAUUUUUUUUCUCCCAUAUUUCUUUUACAAUAAAAAAAUCAAAUAAUAUAUCGCAAAAUAUAAUCAGAAUGUAUUUUUGUAUGCGAUUGUAGUUUUAACAUUAUUGUUUCCUAAAAAAAACAACAUUAAGGUCCAUCAGUAGUGGUAAUUUAAAUUCAUGAACUGCCUGUUGCAAGCAGCCAAAAUCCAUCAGACAGAAGAAACAGAAAACAUUUACAUUCCUAAAACAUAAUGACAUAGAGAGGUGCAAAACAAAAGUCAGAGAUGAUUCUGGAAAAUUAACUUCAGGUUUACUAUACUUGAUGACCCCCUGUGUAGCAUGUAUAAGCAGUAUAUAUUUAAUAAAUCAUUUUUAACACACUAUAAUGUAGUUACAAGCAGCUUGAAUGACACAUUUAAGUAUUAGUGUUUGUCAGAAACGAUCGCUUUGCCUAUGAAGUCAUUUUUUCUAUUUUUUAAAAUUGUGUUAAACUAUAUUAUCAUUCAU